CCAACACCAACGCAGGGACUCCUGCUGUCUGAGAGAAGGCAGUGAGGAAGGCAACUUUUCAGAAGAGAGAUAAAUGGUGAGAGAGAAAAGUCUGCUGUUGGGGUUUCCUGGACUGGAUUGUUGGAGUUACAAUAGAAGGCAAUCCACCUUUCCUGUGUGAGCUUUCUGUUCGCCCUCAACAGAAACAGAGACAGGAGCAGCAGGAGUUGGACUAAGAAGACAGGAAGAGGACACAGUCAGAGUCUUAAGGGACUUUUUUUUAACAAAAGACGGAAAAAAGAUACAGGUGAUAUAUAGAGUACCAAAGGGGUCAAUUCACCUGACUCGCUUCUCUGCUCUGCCAGAGGGAGCAUCCUCCCUCUCCCCCCUCUCCUCCCUCCCUUCCCCUCUCCCCCUGACAUGGGCCGCCUGCUGGCAGUGACCCUCGCCUACCUGGCUCACCUGCUGGCCACCGCGACCGGCUCAGAGCGCCAACAGCACCGAGUGCAGCACGGCCACUGCAGCUACACCUUCAUCCUGCCCGAGGUGGAGCACUGCCAUCCCUUGAAGGACUUCCAGGUCACCAACACCCUCCAGAGGGACUCCCCGCCCGAGGCAGAACCUGAUACGAGCCAACUCAAGCCGGGUGAGGCCCACAAGGAGAGGCCUUCCUUGCAGGAGAGGAAGCUGGUGAAUCUAGAGAGCGCCAUGGAGAAUAACACGCAGUGGCUGCAGAAGCUAGAGAACUUCAUCCAGGAGAAUGUGCGCUCUGGGAUGGAGGAAAUGAAAAUAACUGCGGUACACACCCAGACAGCUGCCAUGCUAGAAAUGGGAACCAACCUCCUCAGCCAAUCAGCGGAGCAGACCCGCAAACUGACAGACGUUGAGACCCAGGUGUUAAACCAGACAAGUCGCCUGGAGAUACAGCUGCUCGAGUACUCGCUCUUCACGAACCGGCUGGAGAAACAUAUUCUCCUGCAGACUCAAGAGAUCUCACGCCUCAGUGAUAAAAACAGUUUCCUGGAACAGAGGCUCUUGGCGCUGGAGGCUCGUUAUGGGAAGGAGCUGCAGGGCUUGCAGAGCGAAAAGCAGCAGCUCCAAGAGCUUGUGGAAAGGCAGAGUGGACUGGUCAGUCAGCUCCAGGGUGAACUGGUCAGCUCCACGCUCAACAGCACCUCAUUACAGACACAGCAGGCCGUGCUCACAGACACUGUUCAGCAGCUGCUGGCUAUGGUCAACCACUGCAACGAAAUCUUCAAUAUGCCCAAGGAGGAGCCGCUUAGUUUCAGGGACUGUGCGGAGAUCCUGCGAUCCGGAGUGACAGAGAGUGGAAUGUAUGGCAUACGCCUCCCAAACUCUACGCAGACUGUCAAGGUGUUCUGCGACAUGAAGACUAGAGGUGGUGGGUGGACGGUGCUGCAGCAUCGGAGAAACGGCUCCUUGAACUUCCACCGUGGGUGGAGAGAUUACAAAUUGGGCUUUGGAGAGCCGUCUGGGGAACACUGGCUGGGGAAUGAUAUCAUCCACAAGCUGACCAGCUCCCAAGAAUACAGUCUGCAUGUCCAGCUAAAAGACAGAGAGGGGAACGAGGCUUUCUCACAUUACGAUCGCUUCUACAUCGAUGGAGAGGACAACAACUACAGUCUUCAUGCCGAGGGCUUCAGCGGCACAGCUGGACGGACCAGCAGCCUCACCCACACUGGCACCCAAUUCAGCACCAAGGACAGAGACAAUGACCGCUGCACCUGCAAGUGCUCCCAGCUCGCAUCUGGAGGUUGGUGGUUUGAGGCGUGCGGUCCAUCCAACCUGAACGGCAUAUAUUACCCCAGCUCGUCCAGUGUGGUUCGCUACAACGGCAUUAAGUGGUACUACUGGAAGGGUCCAAAUCUGAUGGCUACCAUAACAACCAUGAUGGUGCGCCCGGUAAACUUCUGACGGCAUGACACGUUCGUGAUGUCAGAUUAUGCCUCUGAUGAAUAAAAUGAACAAUAUCCAGGAAAUGGUAUCUUUGGUUAGGGGGAUUUGUUAUCCCACUGUUGGUGGUUUCAGCUUCUGGAAAUCUUGGAGAGGGGCUUUAGCAAUUGCCUGGGGGCAUGUGUGGACUCCCAACAAAUGACUGUGGUUUAAGAGAAUUACUAAAUGAAAAUUUCAAACAACAAUAUCUAUUCACAAAUGGUGUCCAGAUAGUAUUUCAAUAGGGAUUUUUCAGCUGACAGAGGAAGAGGGUAUGAACUUUGCUACAGUUGAAAAAAUAAUAAAAAAAACAACUGUAUCACAUCACAUUAUGUCCUGACCAGUUACUCAAUUCAAAUACAAUUCAACAGAUUAAUGGAUAAAACUGUAGAGACACUAUUGCAAUGCCUACCUUUUUUAUAUUAAUGUGUAAAACUUGUUGUGCGUUUGUCUGUUUGCUGUAAAUAAAUGUGAUCAAACUGCAUCAUUUACAGAUUUAGCCUUGUAUAGUUUAGAGAAAGGCAACUGCUUAGAAUACUCUACUAUAAAGUCUUACCUUCACACUAACUGUAUAAUGUCCAACAUGUAGAUAUACUUCUCCUAUGAUUGUAACUUAAUUCCAGUAGCAUUUUCAGACUGUAAAAUGCCAGCACUUGUUUAAAACAGUAGUUCAAGUCCAUACACAAUAUAAGGUAAGAUAACCCACAGUGACUUCAUUGGUUUACCACCGUUAAUAAAACAACACCAUAAAAAAAACAGCAACAAUAACAGGCUUUGCCCUUUGCUGUAUCUUCCACAGGGUUUUGCAAAAUGAAAUAUCUCUGUUUCUUUCCAGGCACAGCUCUAAUAAAACUUUAUAUGUGAGAGAUCCUUCAUAAAAGUACAGCAUACACUUUCAAUGGUGUGAUUUAAUUUCACAAGUGAAAUAUUAGUGAUACAAAGUCAAAGUUUAUUUUGCUAAAACAAUAAAAGUCAUAGAUGCCAGGUUCUUGUUACCAUGUAAGCUACAUAAACUCCAACAAGCCCCACAUGCUCGACUCAGGAAGUCAGAUGGGAGCUGCCGACCAUUGAUCUGAUGAAUCAUCCAAUAACACUGGUCCCUGUGGUACCUAUUAGAAAAGCAGAUGGAUUUCACCUUCACUAACUAUGACCUGGAUGUCCCGGUGUAGGCCGGGGACAUCAGCCGUUGCUAACUGGAAGAUAACACAUACGCUGGCAUGGUCAUGUCUACAACAUCUGCUAAUUGUUGUGCUUCAUUCACUUAAGGACAGACAGAACACUUAAAAGAUUGCAUCUUCCUCGCCUGAUGCAACUCCCAAGAGUCACUUCUGACUGGCAUCCAUUUAAUACAAGUGCAGAAAUGAGACAUUAAGCAUAAUGAGCUGUGAGCCAGGUCUCUGUGUUUUCAAAUGUCCUGCUUAUUCAAAUCAAUGCCAAAGAUGCGUGAAGAAAUAUACACUGAACAAGAAUGGAUAAUUCUUUUUCUUUU